UAUACUUAUUAAUUCUUUAUUCUUUUUAAUUACCUUUAAUUUUUAGGUUUACCAUUCUACCUCCUGUCUCCUCUCCCUAUUUCCAAAUCAGUUUCAAAACAAAAUUCCGUAAGUGCACUACUGUGUUUGUAUAUAAUUUUCGAAAAGGUUUGGCCGCUCGCUAAAAAAUCAGAAGCCCCCAAUAUUUCAUUUUUAAAGCGCAAAAAACAAAAAGUCAAACCAGAAGAAGAAGUAAAUGGCACAAGCAGCAAGGCUAAAGCUGAGAAUGCAAAAGGAGCUGAAGCUCCUUCUCGUCGAUCCUCCUCAUGGAGCUUCCUUUCCUACCCUCUCUUCACGACAUGAUAUUAAUCCACGCCCAUGUUGUUUAACCGAAAUAGGUCCUGAAGAAAUUUUUUAUAGCAAAGGGAUCUUCAAGAUUAAGAUUCAGAUACCUGAAAGGUAUCCGCUUCAGCUUCCGAUUGUGACUUUUGCGACGCCAAUUUAUCGCCCGGACAUCGACAAUGGAGGUGGAAUUUGCCUUGACAUUCUCUAUAUUAUUUUGUUUCUUUUAUUAUUUUUUUGGAGGGGGUUUUUGAUUCAUACCCACCUCAGAUUUUCUAAAGAUUUACAGUAAAGGUUAGUCCUUUCUCAGAUCCAUUGAUGUUUUGACAACUUCUGUUGGUUUCCCUCUAUUCUGGAGAUUGUUUAUUUAAGCAUUCAUCGAUGUUAAUAUUUGAUGCAAUUUUAGGCAAAAAGGAAUCUAUAUUUCUUGUUUCUUCAUUGUCUUUAUUCUAUCGUAUGCUAUUGAUUGUUUGGAAA